UUCAUUUCGUACCAUGCAAGCGAACACAAUGGAUGUUGACGCAAUGGCCGAAAGCCUACAGGCGAUCAUUGAGUGUGUACCGUCGGAACCUCAACCCAACCCAACCCAACCAAAACCUCCCUACCCAAUCCAACCCACCGAAUCCUCCCGACCCACCGAAUCCUCCCGACCCACCGAAUCCUCCCGCCCCACCGAAUCCUCCCGACCCACCGACUCCUCCCAACGCGGUAUUAAUAAAGAAAAUUACAAUAAUAGAGGGAGGAGAUGGAGAGCGAGAAAUAGCAGGAUUAAGAGGCGUAGAGAGCGCGUCAAUCUCCACCAACAGAAAACGCUAUUGUCGGCCGUAACCGACGCGGUGGCCAGCGCUAUUUUAAGGCAAACCAAUAGAGGAGGUUUGCCUUACCGUGGUCGGGGCAGGGGAAAAUAUUAAUUUUUAUUUUUUUGAAUUAUAUUUUUUUUUAUAAAUAUAUUAUAAACAUUUGAUAUAAGUAUUGUUGUCUUAUUAAAAAACUAUAAAAUAUAUGAAUAGAUUGGAUAUUCUGUGUACUGGAUUGCCUGUAUAAUACUAAAAGUGAAUGUGAUCUUUUGAGAAAAGUGUAAAAGGGUUUUUUUAAUGUAUAUCAUAAUAUGCUAACAGAUGGCCAUAGACUAGGGUAUAUUUGUGUUAUACUUGUAUGUCGCUCAUUAAAUCAAACUAAAAAUAGAAAUAUAUGUUACUGUAAUGCACAUUUAUGUUACUCCAACAAAAACGCUCCUAUAUAAAGUCCAGUGCAACGAUAUAUUAGAAUGGUCACCCGUCAAAACACCAGCAUUUUACUUCUCAAACAAUGU